GUGCGAGUGAGUGAAGGAACCGUUGGGAUCGGACAUGGAGACGACGUCGUUUGUACGCAACAGAUACUGGAUUCUGAGGCACGGCAAGAGCAUUCCAAACGAGAGAGGCCUUAUUGUCUCCUCCAUGGAAAAUGGUACGCGUGCAGAAUUUCAAUUGGCAUCUGAAGGUGUUCAGCAAGCAGAGUUGGCUGGAGAGUUAUUUCUAAAGGCACUGAAGGAAAGUAACACACCACUUGAAAAUGUCCGCAUUUGUUACUCUCCAUUUUCAAGAACAACUCACACUGCUAAAGUUGUUGCAUCUAUGUUGAAUCUUCCGUUUGAAGGUCCUCAAUGUAAGGUGAUGGAAGAUCUUCGAGAACGCUUCUUUGGUCCUUCAUUUGAACUUAUGUCACAUGAUAAAUAUGAAGAGAUAUGGGCUCUUGAUGCAAAAGAUCCGUUUAUGCGGCCAGAAGGUGGAGAAAGUGUUGAUGAUGUUGCUUCUAGACUUGCAAAUGCUAUAGCGAUUAUGGAGUCAGAAUUUCAAGGAUGCGCAAUCUUGAUUGUCAGCCAUGGGGAUCCCCUGCAAAUCCUGCAGACAGUACUCCAUGCCGUUAAGCAACACAUAGCAUCAAGUAGCAAUGGCUUGGCAUCAAGAGUAAAAGCAGCUAGAGUGCCUUCCAUCUUGUCACAGCACCAGGAUUUUGCCCUCCUCACUGGAGAGCUGAGGGCUGUUAUAUAAACUGAAGUUGUGGCCCUGGAGCCAAUGCCAUGGCCCUUGACUGAAUUUCCACUAAAUUAGUGUGAGAUUCAAAUUUCUGAGAAAAGUUUGCCUGUUGUUUGCAGCUCAAUGACGACAACGAUGUUACUGCAUGAAGUUAUUGCUAGGAGUUAUAACAUUCAUCUUGUUGCAUUUUUAACUAGUGUAUUCUUCAGGAGUUUAUUCAAGAGAAAGCUAUACAAUUGUAUCUGAACUUCGACGCAAAAUGCUUCUUGGUUGAUAUUGAGUGCCCUAGCAUAAAUGAUUGUACGCUUUAUUUCUAGACAUGGAUAUUAUGUGAUUUAUGUAUGAGGUUUAAAUUGUUGAGGAAAUUGU